AUGUCGCAACAACAGCCUUCUCGCCAACCAACAGGUCAGGAUAGGCUCGUUCUUCCUCCGAACCCUCAACAUCCGGCUAAUUUGCCUAUUUUCUCUGGCCAUAUGUAUGGAUAUGACUUUAGCUCGUUCAUGAGCUCAAAUCACUCAAUUCCGAUACAACAAUUUCAUAAUUCAUUAAAUAAUGGCGGAGUUAAUAACGGCGGACUGCUAAAUCAAUCACAACAGCAAUAUCAUCAUGUACCAACUCAAAUGAUGACAAAUAAUGAAUCAAUGAUGAAUUAUGGAGCUGCAAAUAGUUUUUUACAGCCAUCAUCGUUUGGGCUCUCGUACAACGGAUAUUAUGGAAAUACUUUCGGAAUUCCAAGUUACCCAAAUGCAGGAACCCACGAACCGUUUGGCAGCAAUUCAUACUCCAAUUUUUAUCCCAACCAUAACUAUGGUAGUUAUCAAUUAAUGCAACCACCAUCUGCUACAUCAGCAAAAGAUAUUGAGAAUGCAUUGAAAUCAUUACUUUUGGGAGAGUCAAAGUCAGAAGACAAAACAGACAAGUUAGAAACACAACAACCUACCAUGGAAACACCCAUCAAAGUAUUAUUACCACCAACGAGACAAGACACUGAAGAGCCAAAUGAUAUGAAAACAGAAGAGGAGAUUAAUUCAGCCAAGGAGCCCACCAAAAAGCUGAAAAAAAAACAAACCAGCAAAAAACCAACAUUUAAUUUUGGGCCUCACAGAGAUUCAUUAACUUCUGAAAUGAAGAACCCUCCAGAGAAAUUCAAAUCGAUAGAUAACUUUCUCAAUACUACGUAUACGCAAUCUCUCUUGAAGCUCUAUAACUCAGAACUUCUUCCAACUCAAAAGGAAUUAGAGAAAAAGGAGGAAUUUUUUAAAACAUUUGAAAAAGCCAUCACUAACAAAUGGGGAGAUGCUAAACUUUUCACAUUUGGAUCCUAUGCAAAUGGCCUCUCUUUAAGAGGUAAUAGUGACAUUGAUUUUUGCUUUAUUUUACCACUCACACCAGAAAGAAUGAGAAAAAACUUCAAAGAAAUCGAAAAAGAAAGGAAGCUCAUAGAAGAACAAAAAAAAGAGGCUACAGGAAGUUCUAACAGAUUCAUGAAGUUGCUAUCAGAAGAACAAUAUCACAAGAAAAAUUAUGUUUCUCAAUUGGCACAAUUUUUGGAAUCUAAACUCCAUUAUUCAGAUGUACAAGGAAUAUUUACUGCAAGAAUACCUAUCGUCAAAUUCACAGAACCAACUUUGAAACUGCAUUGUGACGUGGGUGUCAACAACAUUUUGGCUGUAUACAACACAAAACUAGUAGGAGUAUAUUGCGACACGGACAUUAGAUGUAGGCAAUUGAUAUUUUUUUUAAAGCUUUGGAUAAAACAAAGAUGUAUCAACGAUCCCUAUGGAGGGACACUUAGUUCAUACACCCUGACAUUAAUGAUUAUUCACUUUCUUCAACUCAAUGGAGUACUUCCUUAUUUACAAGACAAAUCAAUUUUCACAAAUAUAACUUCAAGAACAGUUGACGGUAUGGACGGAAACAUGUACGAUUGCUCAUUCGAAGAGUCCAAGGAAGAAAUUUUCUCAAAGUUUUCACAGCCCAAUACUGAUUCCGUUGGAUUGUUACUAUUCAAGUUCUUUAAAUAUUAUGCAUUUGAAUUUGACUUUAAGACCAAGGUGAUUAGUAUUAGGCAAUCAGCUCAACCUGUGAUACCGCAAGAAGAAAAAAACUUUCCACAGACUUUUAAAGUAGAAGAUCCAUUUGAGAUUGAUUUCAAUACAGCCAAAAGUGUGACGAAAGAAGGAUUUAAAGCUGUUAGGUACGAAUGUAUCAGGGCGUUUUACCUAAUCCAAAAACAAGCUAACUUUAAGGACGUUGUGUGUGCUAGAUUAACCAAUUAA